CUAUGCUUGCCAGUAUGGCUAAUUUCUGAAAUUUGCAUUUACAUCUUACAAUGAAGUGAAAACUUAGUGAAAGACUUUGUUUGAAAAAUAUCUUUUAACAUAAAGUUUUAUAUCAAUUUAAACAAUGUCCAAAAAAGCAAUGAAAAGCAACACCUCUGGACUUUCGAUUGGAAAGAUUUAUCUUCUUGUCUAUAACGCCGCUCAAACUCUUGGAUGGUCUUACAUGCUAUGGCAGUCAUUAGUACAUUUUUUGAACCGUGGUACUUUGGAUGCUUUUUGGAGUGAGAUCAAGUGGACUGUCAUUAUAUUUCAAAAUGCUGCUGUAUUAGAGAUUUUACACGCUGCUGUAGGCUUAGUUCCAUCUAGUGUAUUUGUAGUUCUUAUGCAAGUGUAUUCAAGAGUGUUUCUGGUAUGUGGAGCUUUACUGGCAACACAAGGAGCGACUACAAGUCCGGGGCUGCCUCUGUGUAUACUCGCCUGGUCGAUAACUGAAAUCAUAAGAUAUGCCUACUACGCUCUCAAUCUGGUCGAUAUUGUACCCUCAUCGCUGACGUUUUUGAGGUAUUCCACGUUUCUCGUGAUGUACCCCCUCGGUAUUACUGGAGAGCUGCUCUGCAUGUACCACUCGUUGGAUGAAAUCUUCGAGAAAAAACUUUUCACCGUCUCAAUGCCGAAUGCUUGGAAUUUCGCGUUUAACUAUUACUAUUUUCUAAUUUUUUACAUGUUCUUGUAUAUCCCAUUGUUCCCAGUACUGUUUGGUCAUAUGUUAUCACAAAGAAGAAAAAUGCUCGGUAAAGAACAGAAAAAAUCGAAAUCGAAUUAACUUGUAACAUUAUUAUUAAUGUGGAAUGGUGUGGGCUGAUAAAAUAGAAAAAAAAAAAAAUUAAAAUUAAGAAGAAGUAUUUUUGUAAAGUUUAGCAGAAGCAUUUUGGAGGAAAAGGAGAGCAGAGACAUAUAAAUUUUUAAACUUCGUUUUUAAAACUCUUAAUUUACAUUUUAAUAAGCUGUCGUCAGGUACUAGUUUACAGCUAAAUUACAAUUUACAGAGAUUAAUUAAACUUUCACAGAUUAAUUAAUAAUUUCAUUGCGAAUUUCGGAGUCUUGUCGGGCAAGCGUGAACGAAUGCGCAAGCGUGAAAAUGCACUAAAGCUACUAUUUAACAUCUACCUAGUUUCGCCACGCCUAUGGAUGCCAGUUUUAAGUGAAUCUAUAUUUAGAAAGAGCUUAGUUUAGGAGUAAAUUUCUUCACUUCCCAAGUAUGUUCACGCUACAUUUGACAGAAUGUCUGUUCGAUAGCUCAGUAAAAUCGAGGUAAUUAUAAUAUCAGCCGCGAGUCGCGCGUGCGAUUCUAUAUCAUUCCAUUCGUUUUGUGUCGCGCUGUAUGUGUUCGGCCCUCGCCGCUCGAGUCGUUGAUGCAGUGGUGGUGGUUGGACGCCCCCGCAGACCUCGUAGUCCCCGCUUGUGCGUGAAGUACUGGCGUGGACAAUGUCAAAUCAAUGUGUAAAUUGUGAUCUCUUGCGAUUGUGCUUUUGCGUGCGAGUUUUUUAUCUUCUCGAUCGCGUAAAAGUUGACGUUAAAGUUAAAAGUUAACGCUCCUACGUUUGCCGCAAGGGCCGCUGUUCCAACUCCUUACAACUUUGAGUUAACUUUGAUCUUGAUCACACUGAGCAUAACCUCACCGGUCUCGAUACUGAGAUGGUAUUUAUCGAAUGUUAUUACAGUUUUUUUUUAAAAUAUGUAACAAAAAUCUCAUUAGACACUUUAUAUUUGCUUAAUUUUAUGUAAAUCUACGGGAUAAGGAAAUUACAUUGCAUUUAUUUUACUUGGUAUUUAUGGGUAAUGUUAAUGAGGGUAACGGUUUUAAGCGCGCUUUUGUACGUUAAGUUGUUACGUUUGGGUUAUGGAUAUUGAUAAUUUAUUAAAUGAUUGAGCCUGUA